ACACCAUUUGAACGACUAGCGAGAUUAAACAAACACAGGAAUGUCACUUUAAGCUCAUCACUAAAUAAUACUGAAGCGGACAAUUCACCUCCUGAGCAGAAAAAAUAUCAAGGAGGCAGGAAAGUCGUUUUUUUCACAUCUCCAGAAUUUGUUACGACAACCCAAGAAAAAGUUGAAAUAGAUGAAACUGCGGAAGAAAAUAGUUCGAAUAUGAAUCAAGAAACCGCAAUGUCAUCUUCAGUAUCAACACAAGUCGAUGAAAAGAUUGAUCCAUAUAAUUUGAGAGAGACUAACAAUUCAACACCAACAGGGCAAAAUGGGCAACAGGAUAAAAAUAACGGGUUGUAUCGUCAACAAUAUAGUCAUCCUACAGAAAAGCAACUAGGAUUACCUGCAAGUAAUCCGACGACACCGUCCACGGAGGUAUCAAAGAAUACAGUUAAAAAAGGAAUAUUUAAAAGUCUAUUUAAAUGGAAAAAGAAAGCUACGCAAUCUAAAUCAAACAAUAAUACCAAUACUUCUCGACCCAGUAUUGAUUCGCCAGUAAAUUCGCCA